UGCUCCGCGGACCUGCACCUGUAGAAGCGUUGGCUGCCAUCGCAUUUGUCCGAUCGAUCUCCCUUUCGCCAUGGUUUUGAUGAGAUCCAGAUCGAGACAACCCUAAUUCCUCCUCGCAAGGUUCGCCAAGCCCUCGUUGUCAUGGUCACUGGUCACUAGUCACAGCACGGCGUCGCCUGUAGCAGUGACCCAACGAAGGAGGGUUAUUUAGUUGGGAAUCUUGGGAUAACAGUGGCUCGUUUGACAUUUAAUGGAUAGCGACCCCCGACUUGUCUGAUUGCUGGCUUCCGCUGUGGCGAUGAGGAGGAGGUGAGAAAGAUGGACGGGGAUGUUCUUGAGCCUCCCCAUCCCUAUCCGUCACCUUUCUGCUGCCGUAGUUUACUCCCAGCCAUGGAUCGAGACCCUCGAACCCUUGCUUUCCUCCCCGUGUCUUGUUGACUUUGAUGCCGGGUUCUGAUUGGAGCAAUAACGUUGGUGUGUUUUGAAUCGCUUGUAUUUUUGAGCGAUUUGGGGACGAAGUUCUUGAAAAUUUGACUUUUUUAGGUUUUGCUUCUGUAUCUCGCUUUCUGUUGGUCAAUAGCGCAUUUAAUCUCUCUGUGAGCACGAUGGACUGGAAUGAUAACGCUUCGUUGCUUUGGGAUUGGGACAAUCACGCGCUGGCCGGCGGCCACUGCAAACCGUCCUCCUCCGCCGCCACCGCUUCGUCUGGCUCUGAAUCUGGGAAUGGUUCGUCCUCCAAGAGCACCGUCUCCGCUUCUUUCGAUUCAUCGUCCAGAACUGGAAAGGAGCAGGAGUUUGAUCCAAGCCCUAAGGCGGAAGACAAGAACAACUUUCUACAGGAGUCUAGCUAUUUUCCAGUCACGCCGUCAGAGACUGGAUUGGAGGAGUCUCAGAUAGGGUUAAAGCUCGGCAAGAGGACCUACUUUGAAGAUGUUUCAGCUGAUAGCAACGCCAAUAACCGUUUACCGCCACUGGAUUCUGCUCCGGCAACAACUGCUCUCAAGAAGUCGCGUGUGUCUUAUCUGAGUUCAGAGAGGGCCUGCUGCUGCCAAGUUGAAGGCUGUGAUUUUGAUCUUAGUGGGGCUAAGGAUUAUCACCGGAAACACAGGGUAUGUGAAACCCACUCCAAAUGUCCCAAGGUUGUCAUUGCUGGUCAGGAGCGCAGGUUUUGUCAGCAAUGUAGCAGGUUCCAUGAACUGUCGGAGUUUGAUCAGAAAAAGAGAAGCUGUCGCAGACGCUUGUCUGAUCAUAAUGCACGACGGCGCAAGCCACGACCGAAUUUAAUCUCAUUCAGAUCAAUAAAUUUCUCCUCAUCAUUUUGUGAUGACAAACAACAGAUGAAGUUCCUUUGGAAUAAAGCUCCUUUUGGACAGAUGAGAUCCAUGACAAGCACCAUUAAUGAAGGUUUGCAAAGUUUCAAGCUCACACAAACAAAAGGACCAUGGACAAAAUCAGGAAAAGAAGGCAGCAUCGAUGGGCAGCAGUACUUGCCAAACACUGAACUAUCAAAUGGAUGUUUCUCACUUUAUCAGGAUGUAGACAAGCUCUUGCCACUCAAGGGUACUGUGGCCGAAGUUCUCAAUCAAGGUUCAGAAGCAUCUGCAGGAGCUUCGAACUUGGAUGGAGCACCGGAUCUUCAGCGUGCUCUCUCUCUUCUGUCAACCAAUACUUGGGGUUCUCAUGAUCCUGGACAAAAUUCUUCCAUUGUUGACAUUAUGGAUGCUAACUACACUGCUACAUUACAGCCCAUAAUGCCUGCAGCGAACACCUCAAAUCACUGGAUCUAUGGGCAUUCUGCUGCUCAACAAGCUCAACAGCUUCCAUUUGCCAUGCAAAGAAAUGGCGACUACAAGCCCCAUGAGUUCCCCCAACAGAGCACACUCUACAGGGAUACUAUCUUUGAUCCCAGUCAGAUUCAUUGACCGUGUGAAAUCAAACUGACUGAUUCUCGGGUUCCCUAUAUGUUGCUUCCAUUACCUUUCAAAGUGCUGCUUUAGAUAUUGGCUCAAGCCGCUGCAGCAUUACCAAAGACAUUGGUUGCUCUUAAUUCUUCAUGCACUACGGGUGCUUGUUAAUGGUGUAUUAAGGUACAUGCUCUGUGCUAAGAUUCUCAAAUUGUUCCUUUUCUGCCUCCCAAAACAUUGCAAGGUUUAAAAGGAUGCACUGCCCUUUACUUUCUGUAUUGUAGAAUUAAGUAGCAAGAUUCUUCGAAUUAUAUUUUCUA